AUGUCUAUCGAAGAAAUCCCUCAGGGCUCCGAAGUCAGCAUCAUCUCUAAAAAUGAGAAAAAGGCUAGAGAGAUUAUUAAAAAGUUCAACUUAAAGCAAAUUAAAGGUAUUUCCAGAGUGACCUUCAAGCAAAAGGGAAACUUGAUUUAUGCCAUAGACGAGCCAGAUGUUUACAAAUCUGCAGCUGGCACUUAUGUUGUUUUUGGUGAAGCAAAGGUUGAUGAUAUGAACCAACGCAUCGCUGAAGCACAGGCCCAACAACAGGCCGCUGCUGCAUCUUCGGAAGCUGAUGCCGCUGAAGGCUCUACUGACAAGUCUCCAGAGGCCAUUACAGCCGACCUUGAGAAAGCUUCUUUGAAUAGUGCCAAACCAGAAGAGGUUGAUGAAGAUGAUGUGAACGAGGAUGGCUUGGAAUCAUCUGACAUUGAUAUCAUUGUUGAGCAAACUCAUGUGUCAAGAGCGAAGGCAAUUGCUGCUUUGAGAAAACACAAGAAUGAUAUGGUUAACGCAAUUAUGGAAUUGUCUUAA